GGCGAAGGCCAUCUGUAACUCUGUCAACGUGGAUAGUCCUAUUAUAAAAUUGAUAUUUCAUUAUUUACUGGUUUGCUAGUGAAUAAGCCAAAAUGGCGAAUGAUAUGAAAAAAUUUCAAGAGAUUUUUGAAGGGGAAUGGAAAUGGGAUAGGGACGAAAAUCUCGUAGAAGCAAUGAAAAAAAUGGGAAAUCCGGAGAAAGAAAUCGAGAUGUUUGCUGGGUGCAAGCCAACCAUAACAUUCAAACUUGAAGGCGACUACGCAUUCAUGAACUAUGAAAUGGUCCCAGGUAUGGGACACAAGUGUACAUUCAAGUUUAAUGAAGAGUUUGAUUCCAAGGACGAACUCUCGGGGGAUAAUCCUACAUUCCAUAAUAAGGAAACAGCAACCUUGACAGAAGAUGGAGUUAUGGUGUGGGUCACUAAAAACCAGCUCACUGGUCCAGGAAAGAUUGAUACGUAUUCUGAAUGGUUUGUGAAGGACGGAGAACUUCACACUCCAUCAAGUCCACUAGAUGACCGAAGCUACAAAUGUAACAGGAUCUUCAAGAAGGUACAGAAGUGAAGAUAUGGAAUAUAUACGAAAACAAAGAGAACUACGCAAUAAUCAUGAUAGUAUAUUGCGUGUGCACGUUCUAAAAUUAAACUGUCAAAACUUGAAAAGUUACAUUUCAAUUAUUAAAUUUGAAUUAUUUUAAGUUUAUAUUUUCAAAACUUGGAGCGUACUUUAAUUGUUUACAUGUUUAAAAACAAUGACCUUAGUUCAAUGAUUAAAUAUUUACAUUUGAAAAAAUAAAGUAAAGAUUUGGUGAAGAAAGCAUGACUUACAUGUUUAAAGCAGUAAAAUUACUUAGACAAAUUGAAUGCUAACAUGUUUGCUUCAAAAUUUAAAAAAAAGGCCAGACUAUGGAAGGUAAGAGUAGCAUUGUAACCUGGUGUUUAUAGCAAAAUAAAUAUAUUCAUACACAUGA